UUAUUAUGUUUGUUGUAUGUGCUUUUUAUUGUUAAAUUAUAUAAUAAAAUAUAUCAUAAAGGACAUUAUAGCAAGUGGCAGCGAGUACAUACAUUACCUUUUUCUAACGUAAACAUUCUAACAUUUAUUCGUUUACUUUGCAUAUAAAUAGUUUUUAUGUUUUGAUUGUUGUUUACUGAUGACUAAUAAACAUGCAACCGAAGAACCGUCGGUACAGUUAAAUUAUUGACUAGCAUAUUUCGGAUAGACUAGUUCCAAUGUCCACUGGUAAUGAAAUUGCACAAUCAUUGAAUUGUGAAACGCGAUGGCGUAAUAAAAAAGCAAGCAUUUAACAUUGGAAUGUCCGAUUGAAACUUUCGAAUUGAAUUUCUAUACUGUGCAUUCGUGUAUUACCAAUCACGUGCUGAAGGUUUUAUUAUUAAAAAACGAAAUGGAAUUAACAAGUUUGUUUGUUUAAGUAUGAUUUAAAAAAAUGCUUCAACAUGUCGCAUACACUUUGCAAAAGACGUGGACAUUAUGUAAAUAAUACGGCAUAUUCUAGGGAAAUGUGACUUUCGGUUUUUUUCUAAAAUUAUAUUUUUUUAACAUUUCAAGCUUCGAACAGUUAGGCUUAAACAUACACGUAAGGUAACAUCCAGAUUGCAUAUGUAUGUGUUUAAAAUAUAUGUUAUCUAUCAUAUUUGAUACAAUAACUGUGUCAAGUGCUUAACGUACACGUUUUUAUCUUUCAAACGAGGAUUUAACCGAAUAAACCCACAAUCCUUGAGAAGGAUUGCACGUUUAAUACCAACAUAUUUUCUGAAGAAAUAACAAGAAAAAUCCGUUCAAAGUAUCAAAAUAAAGUUAUGCAUAGGGUCGAAACAGCAAUUCUGCCAUGUGCGGGAAGUAUGCUUAACUAAAAAGUGUGUUAAAUACUGCAAAAUCCCCAAAUAAGCCGUUCGAAAACUUUCAUGCAAUAAAAUGAACCAUGACAGACCAGAAUGUAUUUCGCAUAGUUGUCUGCUACACAUCACGUGGUCGUUUGUCUGAAACUCGCGGUUUAUCUGAAGGUCCAGUCAUAACCGAACUACCUGACGAUUAUGAGGUUGACAACGUUAAAGCUAUUAAAGGCGUAAAUGCCUCUACAAACGAUUCGAAUGAUAACAUUGAUACUAAUACAGACGUCGCAGCUAACUCUCUAGCCAAUGAUGAUAAUGCUUUAAAUACGAAUGCCCGUGCAAAACCUGUAGAAAACAAGCAAUCAGGACGUGCUUAUACUGAUUUGGUUGAUUUCGAAGAAACUGGUGAAAAAACGGGCGAUAAAUGUAAGCCUAAACAUGAAGAUGAUGAUGUGCAUUGCAACUUAGGACUUGAAGUUACAACCAACGAAAUGCCGUCUAGACAUCCUUCCAAUUUCAUAAGAAGUAACGACAGAGAUUUCACUAAUGAUCCAACGAAGCACGAUACAAAAGAACUCGAAGUCGAAUCACCCACCGCACAUGAAAGCGAUUUCAACGACAGUUCUAAACCACCUGGGUCCGCAAACAGGAAUGGUACCCAUCUUUCUAACGCUUAUCAUCCAGAUGGCAUACAUAAUACCGAUUCUUCUCAAUUGGCGACUGCGGUGCCAAAACAGAAUGCAUGGAAUGCUACAUUUGGUGACAACGACCACAAACAUCGAACAGAACGUGCACGUGUGGAGCCUUUUGUCCUUUCUAGUGCUAGUAAACCAGUUACAGCUAAAGACGCCCACCGCAUUGAGGCUGUUACGUCACAACACGGGCAUUCAAACCAAGACACGAAUGACGAACAUAUAGCCAUAUGUCCAACAUGCGCCGAACAGAAAUACUGUAAACAUAAAGAAAUUAAGGAAAUGCAUGAACAGUGUUGUCAUGGUUGUUAUCAUUUACUGAUCCGAUGCACAAGUUGUAAGAAAAUUUUUUCAGAAGAAGAGCUCCUAACGUUAACAGAAAAGCGUUCUGCAAAACUAAACAAAAAUGCAAUCCCACGGAAGUCCAAACGUUCGUUUGUAGAAGCCAAGGAGACGCCGAAGACACCAUCUACAAAAGAGAAAGAUCCUUCCACUAACAGUUUAGACCCGCAGUGUUUGUUCGAUGAUCUGGUUGCAUCUGUCGGCCUGACUGUGAAGAACGUCAGCGCAGACGGCAACUGCAUGUUCACCGCAAUGGUGGAUCAAUUGCGUAUCCAUGGAAACUUUACAUACACGCCGCGUAUGCUACGUGCCGCUGUUGUUGGGUUCUUGCGACAGAAUCCUCAAUUGGACCACGACACACAUCUGCAGGAGUUCGUCGAAGAGCCGUGGGAGAAGUACUUGGACAAUAUGAGUCAGGACGGACACUGGGGAGACCACGUCGUAAUACGCGGUCUAGCAAAUCUCUUGAACACCAAAAUACGAAUUUAUCGAGAGUUUUACAACGGUCUCAAUACAACGGAUACUUUACCUGACAACGUAAAAGAACGAAGUUCCAGACCAGACAAAGAUGUCACACAAUAUCGGUCAGUUGAGACUGACGAAGCUUCCAGCGUAAUUAAUCUUGGCCACGUAUACGACAUGCACUAUGUAAGCCUUCGACCACAAAAAUGGAAGGAAACAUUAUUUCAAGAAAAUGAUAGAGAAGGGUGUGAUUCGACAUGUCCAGCAGGUAUCGUGAAUGUUUUUGAAGUUCCAACUGAACAUAUGUCUUUCGCCAUUAAAUAUUGUGUAAGGCAGCUGUCGACCUUACCGCCCUUGGAUUUGAAUGCAAUGCGCAUAGAUUUACAGAUGCAUGAAGGAAAUAUAGUUCACAAUGAGCACCACGACGUUCUUUAUGAGUAUACAUCCGCAACACAAAAAUCAUCCGACAUUAACAAUGUCGUGGCGUUUGUAAGUCCAACUGACACCGUCGUCAUUAGUCAGUCUGCGCCCAUCCCAACUGAGUAUAGAUACUACUUAGAGCCUGUCAUAAAUACAAACACCUCGGUUUGGCUACGACCAACCGAACCCACAGUUUGGAAACGAUGCCUCAAUGACGAUAAUUAUCUUCGCAUUAUUUACCCGACCAGAAAUCCCGAUGCUCGACAAAAAUGCUGCAUGGCAUUCUUUUGCGAAAUGCCGGAAAACAUGUUAUCUCAGUGGCUUACACGGAAAAGGCCACACAGUUGGCCGUCGGUAACGGUCGUAAAAGACGUGUUACAUAAAGGUUUUAGACUGAUUCCCGCGCCGUCAGUUUCAUCGUAUGACUGGCAGUAUGAUUUCAGGUGUGCUGAGAAUAUAAUCGUAGAAAACGCCAUGAACAAGGAUCAAAAGGAAUGCUUCAAAAUUACCCAGUUUAUUUUGAACGAAGCAAUGGUUACCGAAUCGCUACCGUAUGUCGCCAUUAAACACGCGUUCUUCUUCCAUUGUGAACAAACAACAGAUGAUGAAUGGAAGCAUAACCCAGCAGCGUGUGUUGUGUCAUUCUUCGACCAACUAUUAAGUUUUAACUCAUCAAGAAAAGACUUCUUUCCAAACUUCUUUGAAGGUGCUAAUGGUCCGACGUAUUAUGGUUUCAAAAUAGAAAAUCAACGUGUUUUACAGAAUCGACUUCUUGCUGCGAAACAACAUUCAUUUGAAUGCCUUUACUUUGCCGUUUGUUCUUUAAAUCCAUCACGGUCACUUGGACAAAUGUUCAAUAGUAUUAUUGAAAAUAUACUGACCAAUAAUGGAACCAAUGCGUAUUCCCAAUGCUUUCUUCCAACAACAAGAGAUGAAAUUGUGGAUCUUGUGGUUGCAAGUGAAUACAGUGCAGCACACGUUCUAUGCUGCAAAGCUUCAGAUGAUUUAAAUAACAUUUGUGGAUCACAAUUAACUUCGACAUAUCUAUUGCAGCAAGUCAUAAACCACGUUGGUGACCCAAUCAAACGAUGGGUGUUUGCUCUUCAAGCCGAAUUUAAAACCAAACAACACUUCUUGGAAACUGUGUUGGUGGACCAGGAUAUUGUUCCAAUAUCGAGCAUCUAUGGUAGAAUGGUCGAUGACAUUUUGUCAAGUGAGACUGGUAAGCGGGUAAUGCUCCCAGGACAAAUUAUUGAGGCAAAGAAAUUCUUUCUGACCACGCGUGAGUUGGUGAAAUUCAUGAAACAGCAACUAUUCGACAGUUCGGUCAUAUGUACAGCAGUGACAACAGGCUAUAUGUAUAUUAGCCCACGUUUUAAAGAAAUGUUACAUGGCUAUACUGAUAAGACAGCAGCUUUAGACGCAAUGGAAGCGGUCAUAUGGGACAUGGAUAUGCUCAUGAAGGACGUAAAAGAUGUUAUACAAGAACAACAUACGAGGAGCGUGAAUGAUCUAUAUAUAACUCAUUUACAAAAGAUAAUGAAUGUGAUGAGUCAGAGUAAACGCUCAGGGUCGGGUCAAACGAGAAAAAAUCGAAGAGAGAAUGUUGAAGCACUUUUGCAGAAUGUCAUAAGCAUUAUGACUUCCAUGAGUCAGGGAGGUGCUGAAUUGCCCAUGAAUUCCGAAUAAACAGGGUUACUGUCAACAUUGUACUUGCAAUUUCUGUAAAAUAUUUCUUGUGAAUUGUCUUGCCCGAUUCAAAUGCUCCGAGUAAUGACACACAAUCAGGUAGUUUGUCUGAAAUAUUUGAUUUUUAUAUUGCACUUAUAAAUAUUGAAACGUUUUAAUAACAGUUUAAGGCAAAUGUGCUUCCAUGCGAUAUACAUGCACGUAUGCAAACCGUUAUGGUAUGUAAUUAGAAUGUGUUGCAUAUAUUGUAAAAUCAGUCUUGAUGAUUAUGGUUUAAGGCAUAUACUGAUUUAUAUUAAGCAUUGGGUAUAUGUCGAAACUCAUUUGUUUAAGUAAUUGCAUGAGCGGUUAAAAUAAUGUUUACCUUAAUUUUUAUCCAGUUUUUUGUUGGUCAUGUGUGUAUCUGUACAUCAUAGAUGCAUGAAGUUUUUUGUAUCGCAUAUUCAAAUAUACCGAUUUAAUUAAUGAUAAUGUAGCUGUUGUUAAGCUAUUUUUCCUUCUCAUCUCAAUCGAUCCUCGUGUUUUCAAAGAUAACUUAAGUGUGAUUAUUUAACAAACAAUUGAUGACAGUGAACAUUUCUGUGUGAAAAUGUACUUUUACUAAUUUAUACUAAUUACAACUCUAUGUGUCAACCUGCUUCUGUUGCAAAUCAACUGUGAACGCGUACAGCAGCAGUUCAUUAUCAUGUUUUAUCGCAUAAGAUUCAUAACUUAUCCAUCAAAAAUACAAAAAUCGACAUCAAAAUUAUUUACAUACAAUAUUUUGUUAAUUCAGAUCGCUUAUUUUUCUUAUAGGAUGCGAUGCAUCAAUAGCAAAUCUGCAUUUCCAUACGUAUAUUUUCCAGUUAAUCGUUAGAAAAGUUACGGACGGUUGUUUUAAAACACAAUCUUGCUGUUUGAGUUUGAUUUUGGAAUUAAUUGAUGCUUAAAUCUUUUUUGGAAUCAAGAGAUGCUUAAGUUAAAACCAAACAUAUUAUCGUCUUGUAAAUACAGAUAUUUCUAAAUACCUUUUUGGUAAAAGAUAAGUGUACAAUAGUCUUCGUAAACUGCAUUCUGCCAUAAGCAGUAGUAUGAAUUUAGUUCGGUGGUACUUUGUGUAAGCAAAUGUAAUCUUACAAAGCACGAAUCAGUUUAUUAUCUUCAUGUUCACGCUAUAUAAUAAAAUAAUUUAUAUUUUGACAAA